AUGCUAAUAACUGCAGCAUUUCAUUUGCAGCCUCCCCAUUCUAAAAAGAAACCAUGUCUCCCAUACACAGCAGACACCAUCAAAUGUUUGCUACAUCAUCUCAAUCUUUCCCUGCCUCUUGAUGCUGCAGUCUGUGACCGCAACAAUCUCGAACAAACAGUUUUCUUCAUUCCCAAAACUAAAACCAGUGCCAAUGGCGAAGACGUCUUCUGGGCGAUCCAAAGUGGUCUGACUGAUUCUGACCACCUCCUUCAGAAUCAUUUCUUUUCCGCUUUCCUCGCUCGCUUGCACAAGGCCUUCAAGCAAGCUAAAAUCAACCCUUUACAAGGUCAUGGCAUUCGCAUCAGAUCAACCUUGGAGUAUCUCCUUUGUGGCACCCCAUUUGACAUCAUAAAAACCAUAGGACGCUGGAAAACUGAUGCUUUUCUACUCUACCUUCGAAAACACACUUAA